AUGAAUCUAUUACUUUCCGACGACUACCUGCUCCAGGACUAUCCCGAGAAUAUCACAAAUACGAUCCGGUCUGGUCAUACGACAUGUCUCCGCUUCAAUCGCAGAGGCGACUACUUAGCCUCAGGUCGCGUUGAUGGAACAGUAGUAGUUUGGGACCUCGAAACGAUGGGCGUGGCGCGGAAGUUAAGAGGUCAUAGAGCGGCAAUAACUUCACUUAGCUGGUCUAGAUGUGGUCGAUAUUUGUUAUCUGCUUGUCAGGGCUGGAGGGCCGUUUUAUGGGAUCUUCAAGACGGUACAAGGUAUCGAGAAGUGCGCUUUCGUGCACCCAUUUACACGGCAGAUUUGCAUCCUUGGAAUCAUAACCUAUUCGUUGCAUCCGUGUUCGAUGAAGCCCCGUCUAUUGUUGACAUGAGUGGCCUGAGCGAUGUCAAACAUACCCUUCCCUCUGCGCCGAAACGAGCCAAUGCCGAUGUCGAUGCAGCGACAAAGGAGAAACAUGCUAAAGAAGACGCAAAACAGAUGACAACUGUCACCGUAUGGACAGCUACAGGUGAUCAUGUUCUAGCAGGUACAAACAAAGGUCGCCUCAACAUCAUAGACGCGACUAGUCGCGAAAUCAUAUGGUCAGAGAAGAUAUGUAGUUCGGUAGUGACUACAUUGCGGUUGACAGGGUCUGGUCGUGAAUUAUUGGCCAAUUCACAGGAUCGUAUCAUCAGGACCUUCCAUGUACCAAAUCUAUCAGCAGAGGAUCUCGACCCCGAUACGAUACAGAUGCCAUUAGAACACAAGUUUCAAGAUGUUGUCAAUAGACUUUCUUGGAAUCAUGUCACAUUCAGUGCCACCGGAGAAUACGUGGCAGCCUCUACAUAUAAUAAUCACGAGUUAUAUAUAUGGGAACGAAAUCAUGGUAGUUUGGUACGAAUGUUGGAGGGGCCCAAGGAGGAACAAGGGGUUAUCGAGUGGCACCCGCACCGAGCUGUACUAGCCGCCUGCGGACUCGAAACCGGUCGCAUCUACAUUUGGUCGGUGACUACGCCACAGCGCUGGUCAGCACUGGCGCCGGAUUUCGUCGAGGUCGAGGAGAAUGUAGAGUAUAUAGAGAGGGAGGACGAGUUCGAUAUCCACCCGCAGGAGGAGAUUAACAAACGCAGACUGGACAGGGAAGACGAGGAUAUCGACGUAUUAACAUCGGACUUAAGCAAGGGAUAUCACGAGGAGAUCGACAGCGCAGAGUUCCGCAUGCCUGUAUUAUUUAAUCUUGGCGAGAGUGAUAGCGAGGAGGAGUUCGUUGCAGUGUCGACGGGUACGGUUCGACGAAGAAGCUUAGGCGAAGGCCAUGAGGGCGAAGCUCAUGAUGAAGAAAAGGUAGCUGGAGGCAAGAAAACAGCCACGAAAGGUACGAGAGGUAGGAAGAAGUGA